CUUUCAAGUUACGACCAAGGUGUGCUUUCCGGACUCCUCGCGAACCCCUACUUCGAAGCACAAUUCAACUAUCCCGACGAUGUCACAACCGGAAUCACCGUCGCAAGUUACUGUCUCGGCUGCCUCGUCGGCUGCGCUCUCAGCUUUGCCAUUGGCGACAUGCUCGGUCGCCGCAAGAUGAUCUGGCUCGCCAUGGCCUUGAUCGUCGUCGGAGCAACGCUGCAAGCUUCUGCAUACUCCCUCGCUCACCUCAUCGUUGGUCGCGUGAUCACAGGUUUCGGAACGGGUAUUGACUCUUCGACGAUUCCGAUGUAUCAGUCCGAGUUAUCGAAGAAGGAGAAUCGUGGGCGGUUGGUUUCUUGGGAGAUUUUCUUCAUUGGUAUUGGCAUUGCGACGGCAUAUUGGAUCGACUAUGGCUUUUCCUUUGUCGACAGCGAAGCCUCCUGGCGCACGCCUGUCGCCAUCCAGCUCAUAUUCGCCAUCGUGGUCAUCUUCGUCGUCUGGGGACUUCCCGAGUCUCCUCGCUGGCUGGCCAAGCGCGGCCGUGAUGCUGAAGCAGAAGAAGUCCUGUGUGCCGUAUUUGAUACGCAACCCAACGACCCAUUCAUCGUGGAAGAAAUGCGAGCCAUCCGUGCAGCGGUUGCCUUGGAGAAGACCGAGGGAAAGAAGGGAUAUGGCUCGAUCUUCCAGAAGGACAUCUUGAAGACCAGGAGGAGAGUUGCAUUGGCCUGGUUCGCGCUUUUCAUGAAUCAGCUGAGCGGAAUUAAUCUCGUGGUCUACUAUAUGCCCACCGUCCUGCUCGACAUCGGGCAGAGCCGCAACAACUCCCUCCUCAUCGCCGGUGGUGUGCAGCUCAUGUUUCCUCUUGGCAAUCUGGUUCCGGCUUUCUUCUUGGAUCGCAUGGGACGACGUCCGACGAUGCUCUGGGGCUGCGGUCUUUUGAGCUUCUGCAUGGUCAUGAUCACGAUAUUGUUGAGCUUCGGAACGGAUAAUUUCAAUACGUCCUCGGCUUCGAUUGCAUUCUUCUACUUGUACAUGUUGAUCUUCGGCGGCACCGUCAACGUCGUACCUUGGGUCUACGGACCAGAAAUUUUGCCGUUGGAAGCUCGUACUCGCGGAACAGCAAUCAGUGUCUCAUCGCACUGGCUUUGGAACUUCUUCAUUGUGAUGAUCUCGCCUGUCCUGAUCAACCGCAUCGGCUUUCACACCUACAUUAUCUUCGCCAUUCUGCUGGCAUGCUUUAUACCGAUCGUCUACUUCUUUUACCCCGAGACGUCAAACAUCUCCCUCGAGGACAUCGACAAGAUCUUCCUACCCGAGCACAUGCACGAUUCGUACACAAAUCAGCAGCACGAAGUCUUCGGAGGCUCGGACUCGAGCAAGGGAGAAAUCAAUCAGACAGAGAAGGCUUGA